GACCUGGAGUUCCACGGCGUGAUGCGGUUCUACUUCCAGGACCGGGUCGCCGGCAACUUUGCCACGAAGUGCAUCAGAGUCUCCAGCACGGCGACCACGCAGGACGUCAUCGAGACGCUCGCCGAGAAGUUCAGGCCGGACAUGAGGAUGCUCUCCUCGCCCAAAUACUCGCUGUACGAGAGUAACGGGCCGGAAAAGGAGAAGGAUGGAGUGAUUCAGAACUUCAAGAGGACUCUGUCGAAAAAGGAGAAGAAGAAGGAAAAGAAGAGGGAGAAGGAGUAUCCUCGGAUUCCUGACGGAGACGAGCAGACGCUGGGCCGAGAGGACGGUGAAAACAAUCGUCUGGCAGCAGAGGUCUACAAAGACAUGCCGGAGACCAGCUUCACCCGGACCAUCUCCAACCCGGAGGUGGUGAUGAAGAGGAGACGCCAGCAGAAACUGGAGAAGCGCAUGCAGGAGUUCAUGAGCAGCGAUGGAAGGCCCGACUCAGGGGGAACUCUGAGGAUAUACGCAGACAGUCUGCGGCCCAACAUCCCGUAUAAGACCAUCCUGCUGUCCACCCGGGACCCGGCUGACUUCGCUGUGCAGGACGACAAGUCGGGGAAGGAGGUGAUUCUGGACGACGCAGAGUGUCCCCUGCAGAUCUUCAGAGACUGGCCUGCUGAUCGGGGAGCGUUGGUGUUCCAGCUGAAGAAGAGGCCUCCCGACUACCAGGGGAGGAAAGGAAGGAAGGUGGAGGAGAAGGGCCUCCGAGGGAAGGACGGCUCGCUGCCGCCUGAGAAACUGCCUUACUUAGUGGAGCUCAGUCCAGGGCGAGGGAAUCACUAUGCCUACUACGCCUAUCGGCACCCGGAAGACGGGUCCGACUCGCGGGACAAACCAAAGCUGUACCGGCUCCAGCUCAGCAUCACCGAGGUGGGCUCGGACUGCACGGAGGACGGGGCCAUCCAGCUGCUGGGCCCGGGGAUCCUGCCCCACCACUGCAACCUGACGCACAGCGAGGGCCUGGUCACCGUGACGCCGCACGGCCCCGACGCCGACACCUUCGUGGACGGGCAGCGCGUCACCGAGACAACGGUGCUGCGCUCCGGCGCCACCCUGCAGUUUGGCUCCGCCCACGUCUUCAAGUUCGUCGACCCCAUCAGCGUGCCAGAAACAACCUUCGACCUCCACGGAGACGUCCACAGCGGAGCCGCUCUGCCCACCAGCAAGGUAACCGGUGAUGAUGUCAUCAACAGGUCUCAGGACGCGGCGGCGGAGAGGUCGGAGCUCACGCUUCCCGCCAGCAUCGAGUUCAGAGACAACUCUGAAGACACUUUCCUGUCGGCCAUCAUCAACUACACCAACAGCUCCACGGUCCACUUCAAGCUGUCGCCCACCUACGUUCUGUACAUGGCGUGCCGAUUCGUGCUUUCUCCGGCCUACCGGCCCGAUAUGUCUCCCUCAGAGCGAACGCACAAAGUCAUCGCCAUCGUCAACAAGAUGGAGAUUCCUGAAGGGGAUCAGGGUGGGCGAUGUGAGUAG